GCGCGCUGCUGCCGAGGGAAGAAGGCCUCAGUGUAGAGCCAGAAGUGCAACAGAGCGGAGCUUACCGGAGAAGCCGUUAGGCAUGGCUGUCUGAUCGCCGUGAACAUUUGAGAUUAUUGUUUCGCGAUUAGAGAAUUCUUUUUUCGAACGAUUUCCCACAUGUGCUGACCGAUGAUAAGCGGGACAGUGAACGUUCAAAUCAAUUAUUGAUCCGGGAUUUUUGGGGGUGAAGGACUGCAAGUGAUAAGGAUUCGUUGGUCGGACGCCGUUGGAGUAACGGAAAGUGAAAGGGAUCAUCUACCGUCGACGAGGCGGAGAAAAAUACCGGUUGGGAGUGAAAAUACAUCCUCAGUUUACAAUGCAAAAGCCGAGAUUAGUGGCGUGCGGAUUGGCACUGAUAUUGGUGCUGAGCAUCUGUUUGCCGACCGCCUUGGCCAGCAGUAGCAAUAGCAACCCCGCCGAUGACAGCGACUACCACUACGACGACGAAUACGACGAUGAGUAUGACGACACCUACGAUGACGACGACGGUGGAGGCGGCGGCGCUGGCCAGCAGGGUUCCCUCGACAGUGACAAAUUGCUGCCGCCGGUCAGUAGUAGCACUCGAAGUCCUGCGGUGCUGUCAACGGAUAGUCCAACCACGGCGGCAGCUCCACCGCUGUGGAGCGCAGAAGAGGAGGUGCCGGAGCAGUAUCCUUGUCCGAGUGAUUGCACCUGUGAGGAUGGUACCAAGUUCCUGAAUUGCUCCGAUAGAUCGCUGACGACGAUUCCGGCGGAUCUACCGCGGAAUGUGAUUCGCUUGGAUCUGAGCGGUAACAACAUCAAGGUCGUUCCGGUGGAGGCGUUUCAAAACUGUACCGAGGUGCGAGAGAUUCUGCUGGAUCGAAACGUAAUCGAACAGCUGGACAAGGAGGUUUUCAUGAAACUGGUUCGAUUGGAUGUCUUGGGGUUGGCGGGGAAUCAGUUGAGUCAUUUGGCGACGGAUACUUUCGAGGAGGCGCAGUCUCUGAGGAGGCUGGUGCUUAACGACAACCCACUGGUGGUUCCGGAUGACGGGCCUUUCUUGCAGCAGGAAGAAUUGGAAGAACUGGAGAUUGCUCACUGCAACUUAACCGAGUUGACGAAGGAAACGUUUAGCGGGCUGGCGGGAUUAAAAUGGCUGAAUUUGGCAGGAAAUGAGUUCGAUGAGGAUAUAAGCACCGAUGUCUUUGAACCGCUGGAAAACCUGCAGCGAUUACACCUUCCACCACUAUCUGAGGACGCCGUGCGCGAUCUUUGCGACGUGGUAAAAUCAAUCGAUGUCGUCGACAUCACAACCCACAACAUAAGUUGCUUCUACCUCGCCUCGGAGACGUCCUACGAGGAGAGCAUCAUCACACAACGUCCACUCACACCGGAACCGAAAAUAGAACCCAUCGAAGAAGACAUCAGCGACAACAAGCCAUCCAAACCAACCAAAUCGUCGAAGAAAGUGAUCAUCGAAGAGGAGAACGAAAUCGAUUCCGCCGAACAGGAGGAAUCAGCCAAGAGCACGCCUGCUCCGCAACCGAAACCAGCACUGCCUGCGCGGAGAUCUUCCAGCACAACCAGCACCACUUCAACGUCAGCCGCUCCCCCCACCGUGAGCGGGCCAUCGUCGGCUUCGAUAACGCACGCAGCGGACGACUCCAAGGACGACGUCAAGAAGGAAACCACCCCCGAGCAGGGCAAUCAAUCGCUGCUGGCGUCAAUCAGCUCCGAAACCAUGAGGCAGCUGCUGAUGGCCAUAAUCGGAUUGGGCAUAGUAAUCCUAUUGAUCGGUAUCAUCUGCCGACAAACGGGCCUCAAGAGCAAACUGUGCGGUUCCAAGCGAAGGCCGGCCCCAACGGAUCAGGUACGGCCGGCCGAAGAGGUACCGCUGAAUAAAGUCUAGUUCUUCUCCGUCAUCUCCUUAAUAGUUGUGUGAUUUCCAUCGAACGUCACCACUUCGUGUGUGAUAUUACUUGAAAAGUAUUAGAUUACGAAGUCAUGGUGACGCAUCAGUUCUUCCCCAAACCAACCGUGUUUAGACGUGGACGUAGGUAGAGCGGAAACCUUACUCAGCAAUGUGGUGCAGGUGCUUCUUCGGUGGGAAUUUGGUGGAAAUUUGCCAAGCAAACGUUCCUGAGUAAAAAAGAACCGCAUAUAUAACUCGUGUAACUCCACAGCACUAUUUAUGUUUAUGCCACAGCAGACUAAAAUGCACGUAGGAAGAAACUGAAUAUAAAACGCGUUUUUAGUACAUACAGGACAGUUGAAACCAUAAAGCAGAGCUUGAGGAUGGCGCAACCCUAGUCGAGAAUUGCGGUGAACAGUUGUACACCGUGGCGAUUCGAAUUCCGGUUGUUUUCAGUGUUCAAACCGUCGAACGAAGUACAUAUAUUGUUUGGUUUGAUUGGCAAAAUUGUAUGCACUUUAAUUUUGGUGAACGAAAUUCGCUGAAAGUUGUGCAAUAAAAUACUUAUGACACCAUUCCAAUCUUCCUUUAAAGAGGCUUACAACCAAUUUUGAAACCAUGCUAAAUAUUUUAGAUUGUAGAUACGGAACAAAACCGAUCGGAAUUCGAACCAUCACGGCACUUGAAUUAGCCUAAGCAGGUAAAAAUAUUGAACCCUCGUUCAAGUAUGUGGACAUAAAAAUACCUGAGGGAACAAGUACACUAAGAGGAGGAGGAGGUAAAGCCACACGACCAAAAGCAGCAUUGUAAAUAUAGUUUAUAGGAACGUAGGCAGAUAGGGGCAGCGACAGAAGAGUGCGAGAGACGCAAGGUGCGAAUCAGUGACACAUCACCCGACCGUCAUGACGACCACGACGACGAUAAAGAGUAGGUUUAGGCGCGCGGCGACGAAUGAAUGAGAAGUGUUCUAUAGCUCGUAAGUAGGUUAUAGCUUAUAAGUAGGCAGGCAUCCGAACUCACACACGCUUGGGUGGGUGAAACAUUCCUUUUAGAGACACAAAAAUAAACGAUUUCCUAGCAGGAUUGAUAAGAGAUUAGAUGGUAGCAGGUGGGACCUAAUCUGCCGUCCCAAGCAUAUCUGUCCCAUGUCGAUUUUUAUCAUUUUUGAGUUUUAUGCACCAAACGUUCUAAACUAAUGUAUAUUUCAUUGUGAACAAAAAAAUACAUAUAGUUUGUUCGAAAACUUGGCGAAAAAAUAUCGGGUCAUUUUGUCUCAUUGUAGAAUUUCCAAGCAUAACUGUCCCAUUGAAACAAAUUUCAUAUAACAUGUAUUAAAUUACUUCGAAGAGGCCAAUUUUCAUUAUCAAAUCAUUCAGAGAAAGAAUAUGGGUUGUGGUAUAGUUUCAAUGGGUAAAAAGGUUAAUCUACCUAACAUCGUUGAAGCCUUUCUUGUGCAUUAUGAAAAUUGAAAAGUAAUAAUUGAAGCAUAUUAAGAUGAUUUAUAUUAAAACUUGAGUGAGAAUAGUCUCUCAUUUUUAAUCGCAUUCUAUGUACAUAUUUAUUUAGACUGUUUCUUCCUUCCUUGUUGGCAUUACCAUUUUUGCAUUCGUAUAUGAUGAGGCUAACACGAUAAUACUUUUAUGCCUAAUUGCACCCGAAAAUUCCUUUGACCGUGAGUCCAACCAAGCCACCUAAGCAUCAUCGCUUUGUAGUCGUGCUUCUAAUCGCAUGGCUAUAAGGUAGGCCCAUUCAAUUUACAUAUAUACAAGAUUUUUGCAAUAGCUUCGGAAGUGACUAAUCGAUUUUCAAUAGCAAACAAUGGGGCCGAAUUUCCCGUCGAAUGCAACUUAUUACGAAAAAAUGGUCCUUAACAUGUGUUUACAAAUGUUCACAUACGCACCACACACAGGUGGAAGUUUCCACUCGACACAUCAGAUGCUAAUCUGAAAUAAGGAAACACCUGAAAUAGGAAUCAUCAAACACCUUCGCAGUAUUGCGGUAUUGAGUUACCACGUAAUCUGAUUUUGAUGCUUCUUCCAAAAAUCCAUCUGCGCUGAAACAUAAUUCACCUGAACCAGUGGCGUAGCCAGAAAAUUGGUCUGGGGGGAGUUUUCCGAACAUUUUUUCUUCGAAAAAAAAAUUCUUCUAAAAAUUUUGUCUCUGGGAGGGGGGGUUCAUGUCCAAAACCACCCCCGUGGCUACGCCACUGACCAUAACUUAUUUCAGGAUUAAAUUAUGUAUAGGAACCAAUUCUCACUGUCCUUAUACUUAUGUAAGAUAUAAUAUCUCUGGGGUUUUCAGACACACUCGUCCCCAUGUCAGCUUUUUUAUACAUAUUUUUUUCUAUGGAGCGUGAGCCCCCUCCCCCAAAAGCUUACGUUAUUAGUGUACGGCCCUUUACUACAAUACGCUUUGAAAAGACCUUAUGCAUCUAAUCUGAAACAGGUUAUUAUCCAGACCCAACUAAACUUUUGCUAAGCACAAAGUAAUCUCUAGCACUGGGACAAAUAUGCUUGGAAUUAUCAAUUUUGUCUUCAAUUUCGCAGCAUAAACGUCCCACUAAAUAAAUUCCACUAAUAAAACAGUGUUUAUUCUUUGAAACAUACUAAGCCAUUAGAAAUACACUAUUUUCAUCGAUAUACGUUUAUUAAUCAAAAUUUCAUGGGGCAAUUUAGCUACAAACUAAAAAAUAUGUUUCCAACUUCAAUCGCAUUUUUCUCAGUUGCAUAUUUUUUGACAUGGGACAGAUAUGCUUGACACGGCAGUAAUCUAAGCGAAAAGAACCAAAAAUAUCUAUGCCAACCACUUCUACGGUUUUAGGGACAUUCAUUUGUAUGCGAACACGAUAGAGGCACUUUUUGUAUACGCGUAACACAAAUAUUGAAUUUUACUGAAAAUUUACAUUCUUGCGAAUAGUCAAUAUAUAGUAUCAAUUAGAAGCGACACCAUCUUCCAUGUUUGUUAAAUUUGCACACACUUAACAAUAUCCACACUAUCGACGACGAAGGCCAGACCUUCGAAGAGUGCUAACUAAAAGUCGGUGCAUCAUGUCGAGUCAGCUUUAUCACCCCAGCAGUAGUAGUGAGUAGGCAAUUAGUAGGCAACCGUCAUAUUACACCACAUUCAGCUAAACCAUUCAUUCAUACUAAAUCUAGCGGAACAAAAUAAAUAUACACUUGCCAUUGCGAUUUAUUAUA